AUGGACAAUAUUUGCAAAGAGUACUCCUCCACCGGCAGAUGCCGAAAGAAAGGGUGUAAAUACGCCCACACGCGAGAGAAGCUGAUAGAGAGCGAAAUAUGCGCCCUGUGCGGUGCACCUGCGCAGUGCGUAACCGUGUGCAAACACUUUUUCUGCUACAGCUGUGCCAGAGGGUUUAUCACGCAGUCUACAAAGUGUGUGAUAUGUGACGAAGAGACAGCAGGCGUUGUCUACAUCACGGUGAACGAAAGACCCACUGAAUAG